GUGUACAAUUCCGCUCAGCAGGUGCUUAUCUGCUUCAAAUCUGGUUUCACAGUGAGUAUUGUAUCUUUCUUUUCAUAUUUUGCGUUUUAACUUCUUCGUUGACUUUAGAAAAUACGAGUUCAAUGAAGUAUUUAUACUCCCAGUAUAUCUCAAUGUAUGGCACGGAAACUAACGAGACUAUUUAACCAAUUAGUUUCAAGGUUAAGUUGUUUAAUGUUGGUAUUUUUUCCCCAUAAUUUUUCUUUAGAUUUUCUCACAGAUAGAAUAGAACAACAAAGCAGAACAAUUAGUAGGAAGCUGAGGCAUUCCUGAAUAUUUCAGUAAUUUAUUUUUGAUUUAUUUAAGUCAGUUAUAACACCAAACACAUUUGUUUUGUUUCAAACACAGUUGUGUCAUUCUUCAUUAUCAUGUCUAGCCUAUGGACCUUUCCCGCCAGGGGUUACCAUUUCCACUCCUCCACCCAAACCUGUUGAAAUUAUACACAUUUAUUAAUCAUUUUUUGUUUCAACAAGUGUCCUGAAUAUAUUGAUGAAUGAAUUGCAUUUAUUUCUGUGUAUUUCUUUAUUUACUAUAAAAUUUUGUGUGAAAAAAAUGUUUUUUAGGAGUCAAAAGUGUUGUUAUUGCAGUGGAGCUCUACUGAUGUUUUGUGAUUUGUUUUCUGUGCUCUCACUGUAACAUUUAUCAAAUGAAUCAUUCAUCAUAUGUGACAGUGUUUUUAUUUUAAAUUUAUGUAAGUAAGUAGGGGGCAGGUAUUUUGUAGAAAUGUCUACAAUAAACUGUUUCAUUUCUAUAAAGCCUUAGGGUCCCUGAUGGAGCUGAAGGUUUUGGUAGAAGGCGUGGCCAGGGUGGUGUGUGGUAUCACCUCCGAAACACCCUGUCAGGACAUUGUCAUUGCUCUGGCACAAGCUAUCGGUCGCACUGGCCGCUAUGUUCUCAUCAUGAAACUGAGAGGAACAGAGAAGCUGCUGCUUGCAGAUGAGUGUCCUCUUCGCCAUCUGACCCAGCUGGGCCAGCUGGCUGCAGAGGUCCAGUUCGUCCUGCGCAGGAAGGGUCCAAGUCUCAGUGACAAGCCUGAGAUGCCGGACCAAAGACUUCUGCGGCUGCCCAAACCAUUCCAGCAAGAAGCCCUCAGCGAGCCACAAAGGGCCCUCAGCUUCACUCAUGGUCCGUCAUCAAGUGUGCCUUGGCUGAAACCGAACCAGGCCUGGUCUCCCAGAGCUUCUCCUGAGCCACACAGGGUGACCAACAAAGAAGAGGUGUUUCGGCAGAUUCUGCAGCAGCGGAGGAAGCUGAAGAACUUGGAGUCUGAGAUCCAAUUGCUAGAGCUAGAGACCAGAGAAUGGGAGCGGAUGUGUGCUGCCUCUCUUCCUAGUCAGACCCCGACACUAGAGGACCAUGCGGAACUGGAGCGACUGCAGCAGCUGAACCAGGCUGAGCUCUUGCUGGUGGAGGACUGGGAGCUACUGCUCCAUUCAGAGCUUGAAAGAGAAACUGAUCUGCACCUGAGCCUGCAGCAGAUCCAGAGAUCCAUCGAUGAUCGUGGGAUCCAGAUCCACAGAGAGCGGGAGCGAGCCUCUCAUCUUGAACAAGAUGUGCAGCUCAUCGUCGACAGAGAGAGAUCACAGCUGGACGACAGAGAGUCCAUAGAUGCUCUCCAGGCGCUAAAGAAGCAGCUGCAGCACCGGGUGUUGCUGGGUCAGGACCUGGACUCUGAGCUGUCUGGGGCAGACAGAGCUCUCAAGUUGGCAGACCAACAAAUCCAGGAAAAAUGGGAGCUGAUAGAGGACUUGAAUAAAGAGCUGCGCCAGUGCAACCUGCAGCAGUUCAUAAUGCAGACAGGGGGCGCUCCAAACACGGAGCAGAUGCAGGCGCUCCACACGUCUGGCAUUUACCUCCACAACGCUGGAAUCCUCAAGUAGAGACCGUACUGUUUCAGAAUUGUACCAAACGAAGGAAUGUUUGUCAUUUUAAAAAGGAAUGUAGUACUGAAUGUUUUUUACCUUAACCGUUAUUUAAACCUAAUUCAAAUCUUCAAAAAUGGAAAAAAUUGUUCCAUGUAAUUGAAUUUUUACAUAUGAAAUAAAAUGUAUUGAAUUAACACUGUCGCUAUUUUUAUAUUGUGAAAGUAUG